AUGUCCAACACGCCCAUUAAUCACGCGCCGCUCAAUAGCCCACGAGUGGACAACGAUGGUAGCUCAAAGACACAGAUUUUCACCUCACUCGAAUCGCAGGAUUCAAACUCCCUGAAAAUGGGGGCGGAGCGCAAGAAACGCACGAGAACUGGUUGUGUCAACUGCAGUCGCCGGCGACGAAAAUGUGAUGAGGCUAAGCCUGCCUGCGCGGGCUGUAAGCGUCGGGGCGAGGAGUGCCAAUGGCGCAUGCUCGGAGCAUUCCGCGACUCCAACAUAAAGAUUCUGGAAUCAGACCACCCUUCGAUGAGCCAGGGUGUGGCUGUGAGCAAAACAAAGCGUCAAAGUAGAUUCAAGAUCUUGAACAGUGCCACGAAAACCCCAAGGACCAAGAGCGCCAAGCACCCGGGUUUGGAAGCUUCGGUGCAAAGAUCAGAGCUUGGAUCAUCUUUGACCCCUGCUCCAGAUGCCGAGGCCACUUCAAUACCUGUGGCUACUGCUGAGGUUGACUCAGGCCCUACUCCUCCCUUGAUCGCCCAAGGGAUUCCCAGCCCCAGUCCUGCGGUCAAUCAAGGCCCAUCACCACCCUACUCUAGCGAUACGUCACACCCCUCUCGAAGGAUACCCCACGACAGAUCCCCAAAUCAUGUUGACAAUGAAAUCAAUGAGAACCACUUGGAUGUCCAGUCAGCAUCUCCUCGAUCUCACUAUCCACCGACCGUACAAUGUGACUUCAACGCUCUUCCUCGGUCCAGGGAUGACUCUUCGAAUUGCUAUAACUCCAGCCCUGAGUAUAUGGUCGAUGACUUCAAUGGGCUUAACGGCUUCCCUCAAAAUGCCCAAUUCCGCUCCUCCGUGACUGGGUCUUAUCAAACUGUACAGUCGCCAUUGUUCAAUCACAGUGUUUUUUCCGACCCUGCAGAUCUCGUCAACAAUGUCUUUCUCCCAGGCUCUGCUUAUGAAGCACUCCACACGACGUUGAGGAACCGCCAGCUAUGGACUGCUCGGCCAGACAUCCCAAACCGGCGCAGUUCUCAUGACUCCCUGCCUUUGGUGCAUACCCCAACGGCAUUCAGUGAUGCUGCGGGGUCUUUUACAAGAAUUGAGAGGCAGACACGGCGCUUUGAAGCUGGUAGACGCUUUGAAUUGUCGCCUGAAAGAGAACACAUCUUGUGGGAAAACUAUCUCAAUGAAAUCUGCUCCUGGCUCGAUAUGUUUGACAACAAUCGCCACUUUGCUUCCACCUUCCCACAGAUGGCUAAAUCAUCGACACAUCUCCGCUAUUCGAUAUUAGCAUUAUCUGCACGACAGCUAGAGCGACAAAAAAACCAAAAAUCCCAGUCGGAAAGCCUAUCGCUCUACCAAGAAGCCAUUCACCUUCUUUUGCCUGAGCUUGGGAGCAAGAGUACUCCUGUUAUAGCUUCCUGUGUCAUCCUGUGUGUUUUGGAAAUGUUAAGUUGCAACCCCAAAGAGUGGCGUCGCCAUCUAGAUGGCUGUGCAUAUCUCAUCCAAGCGGCUGGCAUAAACGGAUUUUCUGGGAAGGAGGAGCAAGCACUUUUCUGGUGCUUUGCCCGGAUGGAUGUUUGUGGAGGUCUCAUAUCCGAAGAAGAAACCAUCAUACCCAUUCAUAAUUGGCGACCACUAGAUAUGAGCUACAACGAGGCUGCCCAGACGUUUAUAUCUUCAGCCAAAACCAACCUUGACACAUAUGCCAACUACACCGUGUACCUUGUCGCGCGAACCUUGAACGUCCUUUUCGGCUGCGCUUCAAAAAUGUCACAUCCUUGCACGUCAUGUCAAUCCGUUCCCAGCGAUGAUGGUGAUUCUUAUGUGAAUCGAUGGGCGGAAUCAUUUGAUCGCGUUGAGGCGUGGUAUGAGAACCGCCCUGCGCAGAUGAAGUCCAUCUUCAGUGUUGCUGCUUCUGAGCGGGAAGGAAUGGAUCGUGCAUUCCCGAUCGUUUUGUACGGAAACGGAGCAGCUAUUUCCGGGAACCAGAUGUAUCAUGUCGCAGCUCUACUGCUGCUCCAGCGAAAGCCAAAGACUUUGGCACUGAGCAAAAGACCCAGAUCGGUACUGUGGCAUGCUCGUCAAAUAUGCGCAAUAUCCGCGUCCAACGCCCAUCACGGCUGCUGGACAAACGCACUUCAACCUCUGUGGAUAGCUGGUAAGGCAAUGUCGCACUACUCUGAGCACACAGCCGUUAUCGAAACUUUGGUUAGAAUUGAGCGUGAGACUGGCUGGGCUACCGCUUGGCGAGUUGAAGACCUCAAAGAAUUCUGGGGUGAAUAUGAUAACGAUGUGGACUGCAACGUUGACAUGGAUCCAUUUUGA